ACAGAAGUGCAGUUGCCCUGACGUCAACAAUUAAGAGCCAGCUAGAGGAUUUUACAGGAAGGGAUAACUUAAUUUUCAAAUUGAAACGAAAAUACUAUGGAAAAGGAGGCUGGCUAGGAGGAAAAACAGUGGAGUGAAUAUUUUUUUAACGCUGCGGUAAGAAUUUCUGUUUGUCGGAUGAAAUAAAAGGGACAGAAAAAGACUGCAGUAAGCUGUGCUGCACCAGAAAUGCAAUGAAAGAAACACUGGAUUUGUGAGAGCCCCUGCUUUGCACCUCCCCAGCAUGGCAGGAUUGCAGAUCAUGACCCCAGCUUCCUCACCAAUGGGUCCCUUCUUUGGACUCCCUUGGCAACAAGAAGCAAUCCAUGACAAUAUUUACACACCAAGGAAAUAUCAGGUAGAACUCCUUGAAGCAGCACUUGAUCACAAUACUAUCGUCUGCUUAAACACAGGCUCAGGGAAGACUUUUAUUGCUGUACUGCUCAUUAAAGAGCUAUCCUGUCAGAUCAGAGAUGUCAACCAGCAUGGCAAGAGGACAGUGUUCUUGGUUAGCUCUGAGACUCAUGUGACUCAGCAGGUGUCUGCUGUCAGGACCCACUCUGACCUUAAGGUGGGGGAGUAUUCCAGCUUAAAAGAAACACAGCUUUGGACAAAAGAAAGAUGGGGUCAUGAAUUUGAUGAACAUCAGGUUCUUGUUAUGACAUGUUGCAUCUUCUUGAACAUUUUAAAACAUGAUUAUGUAUCGCUGUCUAAACUCAACCUUUUGGUGUUUGACGAGUGCCACCUUGCAAUCCAGGACCACCCCUAUCAGAGAAUCAUGAAGAUUUGUGAGGACUGCCCAUUAUGCCCUCGAAUCCUUGGCCUAACAGCAUCAAUUUUAAACGGAAAGUGUGACCCCUCCGAGCUGGAGGAGAAAAUACAGAAACUCGAAAAAAUCCUCAAGAGCAAUGCUGAAACUGCCACUGAUUUAGUUGUCUUAGAUAGGUAUUCCUCUCAGCCAUGUGAAGUUGUGUUAGACUGUGGACCAUAUGUAGACAAAAGUGGGCUGUAUGAUACACUUUUAUAUGAACUAGAUGAAGCACUUAAUUUUCUUAAUGACUGCAAUGUACCUGCACAUCCAGAUGAUAGAUCCCCAAUGUUAAUUUCUAAACAGAUUUUGACAGACUGCAGAGCAGUAUUGACUAUUCUGGGACCUUGGUGCGCAGACAAAGUUGCUGGAAUGAUGGUGAGAGAACUGCAGAAAUAUAUCAAACAUGAACAAGAAGAACUGCACAGGAAAUUUUUAUUGUUUACAGACACUCUUCUGCGGAAGAUACAUGCACUCUGUGAAGAGCACUUCUCUCCUGCCUCACUUGAUUUGAAAUUUGUAACCCCCAAAGUUAUUAAACUGCUUGAAAUCUUGCGCAAAUAUAAACCAUUUGAACGACAACAGUUUGAAAGUGUUGAGUGGUAUAACAAUAGGAACCAGGAUAAUUAUGUUUCUUGGAGUGAUUCUGAAGAAGAAGAUGAUGAAGAGGAACUUGAAGACAAAGAAAAACCUGAAGCCAACUUCCCUUCCCCUUUCACCAACAUUUUGUGUGGAAUUAUUUUUGUAGAAAGGAGGUACACAGCUGUUGUCCUUAACAGAUUAGUAAAGGAAGCUGGUAAACAAGACCCUGAGCUGGCUUACAUCAGCAGUAAUUUUAUAACUGGUCACGGCAUUGGGAAGAAUCAGCCACGCAACAAACAGAUGGAGGUGGAGUUUCGGAAGCAGGAGGAGAUACUGUGCCAGACUGCCAAGUGAUCCAUUUACCCACCUGGCUCCUAAAUGUAAAACUCAGGAACUUGCUAAUGGGUCAUUUCAAUCCACACUCUUCCUCCCCAUCAAUUCCCCACUUCGAGCCCCAGUUGUUGGUCCUCCCAUGAAUUGUGCAAGAUUAGCAGAGAAAGCUGUUGCCCUAGUAUGUUGUGAAAAACUGCACAAAACUGGUGAACUAGAUGACCAUCUCAUGCCUGUUGGCAAAGAAACCGUGAAGUAUGAGGAAGAGCUAGAUUUACACGAUGAGGAAGAAACCAGCGUGCCAGGGCGACCAGGUUCUACAAAAAGAAGGCAGUGCUACUCUAAAGCCAUUCCAGAAUGUUUGCGUGACAGUUGUCCUAGAGCUCAUCAGCCUUGCUACCUGUAUGUCAUUGGCAUGGUGUUGACUACACCUCUCCCUGAUGAGCUGAACUUCAGGAGAAGAAAGCUGUAUCCCCCCGAGGACACCACAAGAUGUUUUGGAAUACUAACGGCUAAACGUAUACCUCAGAUUCCUCAUUUUCCAGUGUAUACGCGUUCUGGAGAAGUUACCAUAUCCAUCGAGCUGAAGAAGUCUGAUUUUACACUGACUGUAGAGCAACUUGAGUUGAUUACAAGGCUUCACCAGUACAUUUUUUCUCAUAUUCUUCGGCUUGAGAAACCUGCACUAGAAUUUAAACCUACAGAGUCUGAUUCUGCCUAUUACAUUCUACCUCUUAAUGUUGUUGACUCCUUCACUCUAGACAUCGACUUUAAGUUCAUGGAAGAUAUUGAAAAAUCUGAAGCGCGGAUUGGCAUUCCUAGCACACAGUACACAAAAGAAAACCCUUUUAUUUUUAAGUUAGAGGACUAUCAGGAUGCAGUUAUCAUUCCCAGGUAUCGUAACUUUGAUCAGCCUCACCGUUUCUACGUGGCUGAUGUGUACACUGAUCUAACGCCACUUAGCAAAUUCCCUUCCCCAGAGUAUGAAACAUUUGCUGAGUAUUAUAAAACCAAGUACAACCUGGACCUGACUAACCUUAACCAGCCUUUGCUUGAUGUAGAUCACACGUCAUCAAGACUGAAUCUAUUAACUCCUCGUCAUUUGAAUCAAAAAGGAAAAGCGCUUCCUUUAAGUAGUGCAGAGAAACGGAAAGCUAAGUGGGAAAGUUUGCAAAAUAAGCAGAUUUUGGUUCCUGAACUUUGUGCCAUUCACCCAAUUCCUGCUUCACUGUGGAGAAAAGCAGUUUGCCUCCCAAGUAUCCUGUAUCGCUUGCAUUGUCUGCUGAUAGCAGAGGAACUGAGAUUCCAGACAGCAAUUGAUGCUGGUGUGGGGGUCAAAUCACUGCCAGCAGACUUCAGGUACCCUAAUUUGGAUUUUGGGUGGAAGAAGUCCAUAGACAGCAGAACAUUCAUUUCCACUUCCAGCUCCAGUUUGGAGGAUAAUGAAGAUUACUGUAAGCACAAUAGCAUGACCUUUGCCCCUGAGAAUGCUGCGUGUCCUGGUGCUAAUCCUAGCUGCUCCUUCAUAAGGAGUCAUGACCUUAACUGUGUGAACUGCAAAGCACCAAGGAGUGACUUCUCAAAUAAGCUUCAAAUCGUUGAUAUCUCAACGGAAACUGUAGCAGUCAAUGGUGUUGCAUAUACCGAAAACCUCACAAACGGUAUUGCUACUUGGGAAGGUGAAGACUUUUGCGAGGAAAAUGAGCUGAACUCUUUUAGGCAUGAAAUAGCUGUGCAACAAACUACCUCACUUACAUUGCAAAGUUUAUAUAAGAGUGUAAACCAGCCCCAAACCAGCGAUAAAUGUAUUACUCAGACCAGCGAUAAAUGUAUUACUCAGAGUAAUAAGUACCUUGAUGGAAAUGCUGACAAAUCUACCUCGAACUGUUGCACAAAAGCAGCAUCAUUUAACAGCACUUCAGAACCGUGGUCUGUUUUAUCUGAAACUUUGGUCCCUGAAAGUAUCCCCACAAGUUCAUGUUCCUCCAAAACCCUCGGUCCCAAUCCUGGUCUCAUCCUUCAAGCCUUGACACUUUCAAAUGCCAGUGAUGGAUUCAACUUGGAACGCCUGGAGAUGUUAGGUGAUUCAUUUCUGAAGCAUGCAAUCACUACGUACCUGUUUUGCACUUACCCCGAUGCCCAUGAGGGACGGUUGUCUUACAUGCGGAGUAAAAAGGUGAGCAACUGUAACCUCUAUCGCCUUGGGAAGAAGAAGGGCUUACCAAGUCGAAUGGUUGUUUCCAUAUUUGAUCCACCUGUAAACUGGCUGCCGCCAGGAUAUGUAGUAAAUCAAGAUAAAAGUAGCGCUGACAAGUGGGAGAGAGAAGACAUGAUGAAAGAUAAUGGGAUGUCUAGAGAUAAGUUGGAAGAAGACUUUGAUGAGGAUGAUGAAGACUUGAUGUGGAGACCAACAAAGGAAGAGAUUGACUUUGAAGAUGACUUGUUUGAAUAUGACCAAGAGCAUAUCAAAUUCAUUGACAACAUGUUGAUGGGGUCAGGUGCAUUUGGAAAGAAGAUCUCGCUGCCAACCUUUCCUCCUGCUGCUGAUAUGGGUUACGAAUGUAAACCACCUAAAAAAUCUCCUAUGAAUAACUUUCAUCUCUCCUCUGAUGUGGAUGACUUUGAUUAUAGUUCUUGGGAUGCUAUGUGCUAUCUUGACCCCAGUAAAGCUGUUGAGGAGGACGAUUUUGUGGUUGGAUUUUGGAAUCCAUCUGAGGAGAACUGUGGAGUUGAUGCGGGAAAACAGUCCAUCUCAUAUGACUUGCAUACUGAACAGUGUAUUGCCGACAAAAGUAUUGCAGAUUGUGUGGAGGCCCUGUUGGGAUGCUACUUGACCAGCUGUGGUGAGAGAGCUGCCCAGCUCUUCCUUUGUUCCUUAGGACUGAAAGUGCUUCCAGUUCGCAAAAAAUCAGACUGUGAUAAUGACCAGCAGCUCAGAACUCAAAAACAGGGCACACAACCAACCAGUCUUCUUGAGAACUGUGUUAGCACUUCUAGUGCCAGUUCUGAGAUGCCAUCCUGUAAGGAAAUGGAAUAUGGCUGCCUAAAAAUUCCUCCGAGAUGCAUGUUUGAUCACCCAGAUGCUGAAAAUACCUUAAAGCACCUUAUUUCAGGAUUUGAAAAUUUUGAAGAAAAAAUUAACUACAGGUUCAAGAAUAAAGCUUAUCUUCUGCAGGCAUUCACACAUGCAUCAUAUCACUACAACACAAUUACUGAUUGUUACCAGCGGUUGGAGUUCCUUGGAGAUGCAAUUUUGGACUACCUCAUAACUAAGCACCUUUACGAAGACCCAAGACAACAUUCUCCAGGAGUGCUAACUGACUUAAGAUCGGCUCUUGUCAAUAAUACCAUCUUUGCAUCACUGGCCGUAAAGUACGACUACCACAAGUACUUCAAGGCCGUCUCCCCUGAACUGUUUCAUGUCAUUGAUGACUUUGUUCAAUUCCAGCUGGAAAAGAAUGAAAUGCAAGGCAUGGAUUCUGAGCUGCGGAGAUCUGAGGAAGAUGAGGAAAAAGAGGAAGAUAUUGAAGUUCCGAAGGCUAUGGGAGACAUAUUUGAGUCUCUUGCGGGUGCAGUUUACAUGGAUAGUAGUAUGUCCUUGGAAACAGUUUGGCAGGUGUACUACCCCAUGAUGAGGCCACUGAUAGAGAAGUUUUCUGCUAAUGUUCCUCGAUCUCCAGUACGUGAAUUGUUAGAGAUGGAGCCAGAAACAGCUAAGUUUAGCCCUGCUGAAAGAACAUAUGAUGGAAAAGUUAGAGUAACUGUGGAAGUCGUUGGGAAAGGAAAGUUCAAGGGAGUCGGAAGAAGUUACCGGAUUGCCAAAUCAGCAGCAGCAAGAAGAGCCCUACGGAGCCUGAAAGCCAAUCAGCCUCAAGUUCAGAACAGCUGAGCGCUUGCUGUGACCCUGAAUAUCGAUGCUUGAAGCAGGCUUAUUACAGGAUUUAAAUUAGGUUUGACUAUUUCAAAAAAAAAAAGACACAAAUCUUUCAUCUUUUUUUAGUUGCAUUUUUUUGUACUUUUUGUUUUGUUUUUGCGCAAACACAAUCCUUCUUCUUCACUCCCUCCCUCCCUCUCUCGUUAAUCACAAGAGUGCUUUACAGUAGUGUUUAGCGUAUGUUAAAUAGUUUGUGUCUUGUCCCAUUUCUAUUAUGGUUCAUUCCUCAGUACAGCUGUGCUUAGUGGUAGUAAACCAGGGAGGCUAUGC